AUGCGCGCCUACCCGCUAGGGGCGGGGCUCCGGUUCCUCCACGCCCGCGACCGGCCAGGGCAGGGGACGGGGCUAAUGCAAAUGAGCGAUAUGCAAAUGAGGAUGGGCUGCGCGAGAGUUCGGUUCCCGGAACGUUGCCUGGAGCGUGGGCAGGUGGGAGCCGCCGCUGCCAGCCCCGCUUGUCACUCCCAGGAUGAGGCGGAAGCAGAGGGCAGCCGAGGCGGGGGGCGCGGGCCUGGCACUGGAGCGCGCUGGGGGUGGCAGGACUCCGGCGGCACCUGGCAUCGCUUCGUGCCUGAGCAGAGUGAGGUGCUGACACAGGCAGCCAGGGCAGGGAAGCCCAGCGUGACUGUGGGUUCCCGCGUGGACCUGCGGCGGAUGGUGCAGCGGGAUGGACAGACGGGGCAGGACAGAUGUGUGGCAGCCGCUGUCCAGGACCAGGACUCCUAUUUCGUGUGGUGCUGGCAGGGGGACGAAGAGGGGCAGUGGCUGCCCUACCCUGCCGAUACCUGCCUGGCGCUGGAGCGAGCGCGGCGCGGCGACGGGGGGCCCAGCCUAGAGGUGACGUUCAGCCGGACCCACUACACAUUGGACACGUCACAGAUGACCCAGACCAACGUCAGAACUGGAUACCAGCGCCGGAUGGAGCGGAGGGAGUCAGACGCUGUGGAUGAUCAUGGGGGAUCUGAGCCCAGCUCCGUCCCUGGCUCCUCGUCCCCCCAACGGCCCCCAGCGCCGAAGAGACCCCGGGAUGGGGGGGCCAGCCCCAACCCCGGAGCCAGGGGAGAGAGCACAGGUGAGGG